AUGGCUUCCAAAGUAAGGAUAAUAUAAAAUUUCCGGAUAAUUUCGAAAUUUAGGACGACCAGCAGCGCAAGAAGAAGGAGUCGAUUGUGGAAUUGGGCAGAUUUGUUGACAAGCGAGUUCGAGUCAAGUUUCAAGGAGGUAGAGAAGGUAUGAUAUUAUUUUAUGUUGUUCUUGGUGUUUAGAUCAAAGUCUAUGGAAUUCGGUAAAAAUUUGAAGCAUUUUGUGGUGGAUAAGCUGUGCCGAGGCUUUUUGAUGCCGCUGCCGAAAUUUUGGUUAAUGUUUAGCUUUUUUCUAUUCACUAACAGGCACAUUUUAAUUCAGAAACUUAUUAGUAUCUAAGACAAUAUCCACUUUCAGCAACGGGUAUUCUCAAAGGCUACGAUGCUCUUCUGAAUCUGGUGUUGGACGAUACCGUCGAAUUCCUGCGUGAUCCCGAGGAUAUGCUCCGAAUUACCGACGAAACUCGCCAUCUUGGACUUGUGGUUGCUCGUGGAACGGCCAUCACAGUUGUGGCGCCGAAUGAGGGUGUCGAGAACAUUGAAAACCCCUUCGUUCAGGAGUAA